CCCGCGGCGCGCCGUACUGCCUAUCGUGUCAGCCGAACGGCGGCGAUGGAGGGGAGCGGCGGUGGCGGCGACGUGGCGGAGGGCGCAGGAGCCGGCUUCGAGUGGGACGCCGACUCGCAGCUCUACUACCAUUCCAGUACUGGUUUUUACCAUGACCCUGUUGCUGGAUGGUACUACAGCAGCAGAGAUGGCCAAUACUACAUCUACGAGAAUGGAAAUUACGUGCAAUUGACGACAGAUCUGGGCAAUGAACCCACAGCAAAUUAUCCACAUGAUGAGGCCAACCAAGAUGUCUUGGAAAGCUCUUCAGAUUGGCAACCUGCUAUACCUGAUGGCGAGAAUGAAACAUUAGGACCGCCAUCAGAAUGGAUGGAGGAAACACUGAUAAAUCUUUAUCUGUCAGGCUACUCAAAUAGAGAAGUCAAUGCUGAAAGUUCACUAGGAAACACACAUACAAUUGAGGAAGAUAGAACUGAGACAGCUGUAAACAAACCAAGUAGCUUGACCUCAGACGGUGCAUCAGCUUCUCUGAAUGAUGCUACAUCACAACAUGUUGAAGUUGAAACGGAAACUAAGAAUUCCACUGCUGUGGACGAAUCUUUAGGGGAAGAUGAAGAGAAAUGGCUCGCUCAGUAUGGUCAGGUAGAGAGAGUAAAUGAUGAUCUACCAUUGCUGCCAAUCACUGAUAUAUGGGAUUGGUAUGUGGUCCAAGAUAAUGUUAGCAAUGUUAAGCCUGUGGUUAGGCUUGUGGGAUGCUUAUCUAGGGGUUCUAGUAAGCUUCAUCCUUCUCUGCCUGCUCAUGGUGGCCGUCUAAGGACUGCUUCUGUGAGUGAAGUUCAUCUUGACCUUGUGCGUGUUUCAACAGGGAAGCUGUACAGGCUAAGGAACCCUAGCAGGAAAUACUUGGCCUCUUUGUCCGCAUAUGACUCCUCUAACCCGACAAAAGAUUGGGGGUUUCCUGACAUAUAUGCAAAUCCUGAUAUUAAUUUGAAUAAGCAGUCAACUGCACAGUGCGAAUCUGAAGUUGCUGAUGAGUCUUCUGUCCGGGAAGGUGUAUCAGCUGAUAAUGACAAGGAACAGAAGACAAACACUUACAGGGACAGAGCUGCUGAGCGAAGGAACCUACAUCGUGGCUUAGGGAUAGGGCCUGGACAGAAGCAAUGUAACAUCAUCAGUUUUGAUGAAUAUGAGGAAUCAAUUGAUGACAUUAAUUCGAUGGGAACUGCAUCAGUAGAUAUGAAUUUCCGUUCCAGUGGUUUGCAGUCUGCUAAGAGAAUAAUGGAGAACAUGGGCUGGAAGGAGGGGGAGGCCCUUGGAAAAAGCAGAAAGGGUAUUGUAGAACCUAUACAGCCUAUCAUCAACAAACAUGGUGCUGGUUUGGGAUGGAAUCAAACCCGCUAAGAUGUUCGUAUUCUGUACUGCUAUAACCUAUGGAGAAUUGGAGAUUCAUGCACUCUGGAGGUAAUUCAAACCGACAUUGAUGGCUCCCUAGAGCUAUCUUCUCUCUUGUAGUCACUGUAGCUUUGGCAGGCUGCUCCCCAGGCCCCAGGAGUUUGCCUGUUCCCAAGCAACUGCUGCAGAAAGUGAGGUUUGGCGGCGUACCAAUCCUCUCAGGUAUUUGAAGAAGCCAGCAUCUGUGACUACUUGAUCAGCACCUGUGGCACUGCCCGAUUGACUUCUUCAAAAGAUGGCUUCCAGAACUGCUUCUGGUUCCACCGAACUGGCACUCAAGUCAACUAGCUUAGAAAGGUCUGCAAUUCUGCAUACACCGGGGUGUAGUUAGUCGUGAACAGUUUAAGUUGGGACUCAUGGAAACUGGGUGGAUCAAGCUUGCGUUAACUCCAGUUUGAAUGUUGUUCAUACGACUGUAACUUCACCAGGACUUAAUGACUGACUUGGAACUUAUGAUCAGAACAGUAACUGUCAACACUUCAUUCUAUUCUGAGCUGCUGCAAGAUGUUGCUUCUGGAAAACACCAGGACUUAAUGACCGACUUGGAACUUAUGAUCAGAACAGUAACUGUCAACACUUCAUUCUAUUUCGAGCUGCUGCAAGAUGUUGCUUCAGUGAUGUGAACUGAGCUUCUCUUUUCUUAAAUCAUGUCAACAACAGGUAUGUGUUCAUCAAUUUGCUCUGGUACUACAGUGCCCAACUCAGCUUCAUGCCCAUAUAAAGCCUCGAAUGGAGAGCAUCCUAAUGCAGUGUGGAAGGUGGAGUUGUACCACAAUUGAGCAAGAGGAGCCAACUUUUCCAUUGUUUUGGGGAAUCCUGCAUGGCACACCACAAAUACAUUUCCAAACACUGAUUAACUCUCUCUGUUUGCCCAUCUGUUUUGAGGAAAGUAGUGCCUGUGAGUUUGAACAAUUCCUUCCAUGGUCUGAGACUAUAGGAUUAAGGCAUACUGUGUAAGCGAAUCGCACUGUCCACUAUCAACUUGGUCACUGACUGAGCUAUGAAUGGGUGUUUCAAAGCUAUGAAGUGGUGAAACGGUUUACCACGACCAGAAUUGCUUGACACCAUCAGAAGUUGGAAGACUUUCAACGAAGUCCAUGGCAAUAUCCUGCCAUGGCACCUGGGGAAGUGGUAAUGGCUGCAACAGACCACCAGGGUGGGUGUGUUCAUGCUUGGCCCAGUGGCAAGUGUGGCACUGCUUGACAAGCUGUUCCACAUCAACUUUAUUUACGUGUAAUAACUUACCAAAUUUGGUUUCCUUGAUCCAGGGGCAUCUGCUUCAACAAAGAACUGAUGCAACUGACUAGUGUUCACCGUUUAGUGCUCGAACUGUGGCGUUUCUGGAUGACAGUGUAUUCAAAGCAAGGUCUUCCUAGAGACUUAUGUUUGAUUUGUGACAUACUGCAUCUAGGAAGUUUAUUGUAUGGCUGAUGUUGUCCUAGUUAAAAUCUGUGCACAAGGUUAGAUAUUAUUGGGUCGAUGAAAGGCCCAUCUUAUGAAACAGAACUCAAUAACAACUCCUUUUACAAAAAGGGUAGGAGAAACAAGAUAACUUCAUCUUGAUUUUGUCUA